AUGACGGUAAAACAAGCAGUAUCGAAGGCAGCGGUGUUCCUUGGGAUCAUCGGCCUUGCCUUGAACGCCUAUAUCUACACCUAUCCUUCGCUAAACCCAGAAAACUGCUCAUGGUAUCGCCCGACCCCAGAAUUUCAAGACCCCAUCAAGGCCCAACUCAUCGCCAUUCCUUGGGUUGGUGACUUGAUCAACACUUACUAUUACAAACAGUUUGAAAAUUACUCCAACGGGUUUGAAGAAAUAAAACUUCUUGCGGUGGGUGAUCCUCAGAUCAAUGGCAAUUGGCCAACCACUCCUUACAUGAAACGUCUUGAUAAUUACGGCAAUGAUUAUUAUUUGGGACAUAUUUACCAAGUGAUGAAAAAUAGAUUACACCCAACCCAUGUCUCGGUAAUGGGUGACUUGUUUUCCUCGCAAUGGAUUGGCGAUAGCGAGUUUUAUAAUCGUACCCGCCGUUAUUUAACGAGAUUAUACCCUCAGCCAGAAGACCACACCAAGGCGGUGUUUGAAGUGUUGGACAAACACCAAGAUUUGGACUGGCAGGGGUAUAUUGACCAAAUCAAGGGGGUGAGUAUGGACGAGGCAUUUGAUUAUCAUUUCGAGGAUACUUAUGAAUGGACCAACAGCUCCGUGAAGAAUUUCACUGGCGAGCCAUUAUUUAUUAACAUCACCGGGAACCAUGAUGUUGGGUACAGUGGGGAUGCCACUUGGCAACAUAUGACCCGUUACCAUCGUUUAUUUGGGAAAGAUAACUUUUACAUCGAGUACAACAAGGGUACCGAAUAUGCUUACAGAAUUGUGGUGCUCAAUACAUUAUUUUUGGAAGGUCCGGCAUUACAACCAGAAUUCGUCGAAUAUACCCACCAUUUCUUACAAAAAUUAAAAGCUCGGGAAUUCGAAGGAUCAACAAUUUUGCUCACCCAUAUUCCAUUCUAUAAAAAAGAGGGGCUUUGUGUCGAUGGUCCAAAACACGAUUUCUAUAAUGAAGAAACUUCGAAACGUGAACCUUAUAAGCUUGGUAAAUUGCGUUCUCAAAACCACAUUUCUUACGAAAUGACCCAAGAAGUGUUGGAUAUUAUCUUUGGUAGCACCGAUAAACCAGGGAUCAUUUUGACCGGCCACGAUCAUGAAGGGUGCUAUAACGUUUAUGAUAAGGAUUUACAAUCAGGAGUUUGGGAGGCAUCACCGGUGAAAACACAUGAUAGUUCCAAGGCCAACAAUUAUAUCCAAGAAGUCACCGUCAGAGCCGUUAUGGGAGAUUAUGAUGGGAAUAUUGGUUUGAUGACUGGAAAUUUCGAUAAAGAAGCCGGUCAAUGGGAUUUCCAUUAUUCUGCUUGUCCAUUUAUUGUGCAACAUGUAUGGUGGGCCACUAAAGCCGUUAGUAUCAUUGAGCUUUUCUUGAUUUCUUUCCUUGUUGUUGCUUAG